CUAGUUGGGUCAUUUGAAGGUUAGCAGCCCGGGAAGGGUUCACCGAAAGUUCACUCGCAUAUAUUAGGCAAUUCAAUCUUUCAUUCUGUGUGACAGAAGUAGUAGGAAGUGAGCUGUUCAGAGGCAGGAGGGUCUAUUCUUUGCCAAAGGGGGGACCAGAAUUCCCCCAGGCGAGCAGUUUGAGGACUGGGAUGCCGAGGACGCGAGCGAGCCGGGCAGGGUUUGUCUGGGCACCGUCGGGGUAGGAACCGGAGCGCAUUCGGAAGGCUUUUUGCAGGCAUUUCCUUGGAAGGAGAACUUGGGAUCAUUCUGGGAACCCCCCGCCCCGGCUGGAUUGGCCGAGCAAGCCUGGAAAAUGGUAAAUGAUCAUUUGGAUCAAUUACAGGCUUUUAGCUGGCUUGUCUGUCAUAAUUCAUGAUUCGGGGCUGGGAAAAAGACCAACAGCCUACGUGCCAAAAAAGGGGCAGAGUUUGAUGGAGUUGGGUGGACUUUUCUAUGCCAUUUGCCUCCACACCUAGAGGAUAAGCACUUUUACAGACAUUCGGUGCAGGGGAGAUCAUGUUUGACUGUAUGGAUGUUCUGUCAGUGAGUCCUGGGCAAAUCCUGGAUUUCUACACUGCGAGUCCGUCUUCCUGCAUGCUCCAGGAGAAAGCUCUCAAAGCAUGCUUCAGUGGAUUGACCCAAACCGAAUGGCAGCAUCGGCACACUGCUCAAUCGAUUGAAACACAGAGUACCAGCUCUGAGGAACUGGUCCCGAGCCCUCCGUCUCCACUUCCCCCGCCUCGAGUGUAUAAGCCCUGUUUCGUCUGCCAGGACAAAUCAUCAGGGUACCACUAUGGGGUCAGCGCGUGUGAGGGCUGUAAGGGCUUUUUCCGCAGAAGUAUUCAGAAGAACAUGAUUUACACUUGUCACCGAGAUAAGAACUGUGUUAUUAAUAAAGUCACCAGGAAUCGAUGCCAGUACUGUCGACUCCAGAAGUGCUUUGAAGUGGGAAUGUCCAAAGAAUCUGUCAGGAAUGACAGGAACAAGAAGAAGAAGGAGCCCUCGAAGCAGGAAUGUACAGAGAACUAUGAGAUGACAGCGGAGCUGGACGACCUCACAGAGAAGAUCCGGAAAGCUCACCAGGAAACCUUCCCCUCACUCUGCCAGCUGGGUAAAUACACCACGAAUUCCAGUGCUGACCAUCGAGUUCGACUGGACCUGGGCCUCUGGGACAAAUUCAGUGAACUGGCCACCAAGUGCAUUAUUAAAAUCGUGGAGUUUGCGAAACGCCUGCCAGGUUUCACCGGCUUGACCAUCGCAGACCAGAUCACCCUGCUGAAGGCUGCCUGCCUGGACAUCCUGAUUCUUAGAAUUUGUACCAGGUAUACCCCAGAACAAGACACCAUGACUUUUUCAGAUGGCCUUACCCUAAAUCGAACUCAGAUGCACAAUGCUGGAUUUGGUCCUCUGACUGAUCUUGUGUUCACCUUUGCCAACCAGCUCCUGCCUUUGGAAAUGGAUGACACAGAAACAGGCCUUCUCAGUGCCAUCUGCUUAAUCUGUGGAGACCGCCAGGACCUUGAGGAACCAACAAAAGUAGAUAAACUACAAGAACCAUUGCUGGAAGCACUAAAAAUUUACAUCAGAAAAAGACGACCCAGCAAGCCUCACAUGUUUCCAAAGAUCUUAAUGAAAAUCACAGAUCUCCGUAGCAUCAGUGCUAAAGGUGCAGAACGUGUAAUUACAUUGAAAAUGGAAAUUCCUGGAUCAAUGCCACCUCUUAUUCAGGAAAUGCUGGAGAAUUCUGAAGGACAUGAACCCUUGACCCCAAGUUCAAGUGGGAACACAGCAGAGCACAGUCCCAGUAUUUCACCCAGCUCAGUGGAAAACAGUGGGGUCAGUCAGUCACCACUGGUGCAAUAAGACAUUUCCCAGCUACUUCAAACAUUCCUCAGUACCUUCAGUUCCGGGAUUUAAAAUGCAAGGAAAAACAUUUUUACUGCUGCUUAGUUUUUGGACUGAAAAUAUAUUAAAAUUCAAGAAGGACCAAGAAGUUUCGUAUGUAUCAAUAUAUAUACUCCUCACUGUGUAACUUACCUAGAAAUACAGACUUUUCAAAUUCUAAAAAUCAGCCAUUUCAUGCAACCAGAAACUAACUAAAAGCUUCUAUUUUCCUCUUUGAACAGUCAAGAUUGCAUGGCAAAGACCCAGUCAAAAUGAGUUAGCCCUGGUUAAGUUUCUGAGGACUUUGUACAUACAGAAGUACGGCUCUGUUCUUUCUAAACUGUAUGUUUGGUGCUUUCCUUUUGUCUUGCAUACUCACUCAGUAACCAAGACACCAAGGUUAUGAAAUAGACUACUGUACGUGUCCACCUAAGAAAGGUUCAAAAAGAUCAGUGUCUUGCUUUCUUCAUGGAUAAUCAAGACAUCAAGGUAAGGAAAUAGGACUAUUGUACAGUAUGACAAGAUAAGAUAUUCUAAUUUAGUUAGUAUGGAAGCUUGUCCUUGCUCUUUUUGAUGCUCUCAAUUGCAUCUUUUAUUUCAUGUUGCCCAGUAAAAGUAUACAAAUUCACUGCACUAGCAGAAGAGAAUUCUGUAUCAGUGUAACUGCCAGUUCAGUUAAUCAAAUGUCAUUUGUUCAACUGUUAAUGUCACUUUAACUUAAAAGUGGUUUAUUACUUGUUUAAUGACAAAUUCACAAUAAAAACAAAACAAAAAAAAAUACAUUUUUACAGUAAUGAUAGCCUUCAAGGCAAAAACACUUUUCAGUGUUAAGUUUUUGUUUACCUGUUUCACAAGCCAUUAGGAAAAUUUCAUGGGAUAAUUAGGCUGGUCUACCACCUGGACCAUGUAACUAGUGUCUUUCCUGAUUCAUGCCCGAUAUUGGGAUUUUUUUUUCCAGUUUUUUUUUUUUUUUUUUUUUUUAAUGCCAAGGGGCUAACAUUAACUCCCAAAGGCAUGGGCACUGAAUCUGCCUCCUUUGACCUUGUUCAAUCACUAUGAAGCAGAGUGAAAGCUGUGGUAGAGUGGUUAACAGAUACAAGUGUCAGUUUCUUAGUUCUCAUUUAAGCACUAGUGGAUUUUUUUUUUUUUAUAUUAGCAAGUCUGUGAUGUACUUUCACUGGCUCUGUUUGUACAUUGAGAUUGUUUAACAAUGCUUUCUAUGUUCAUAUACUGUUUACCUUUUUCCAUGGAGUCUCCUGGCAAAGAAUAAAAUAUAUUUAUUUUAAAAGUG